AAUAUCAUCAAAUAUUGUCUAGUCCAGUGACUUGCUCUGUGUUUGUGACCAGUAGUAGCUACUACGGCUGUGUAAGCUCAAGACUUGCUUAUAGCUGAGUUUAUCUAUCAGAUAAAUCUUAUCGAAGACAGCACACACAAUGCCUCUUAAUUCUCUAGGAGAAAACAUUGAUUACACAAGUGAUCAAGAUAUUAAAUAUAUGUUGGAGGAAGAGGAAGAUGAUUAUUCAAUAGAAUUUGUAGGAUAUCUGUGUGAAAUACCAGGGUAUAAGACAGUGAUCGAUAAGAAUAAUCAAGAGAAGGAGUUAUUCAGGGCUGUAAUCUCUAAUGGCAAUAAAAGAAUGAUGCUGAUAACAUGGGAUCCAGAGAAAAUUGAAGAAUCGGCUCCAAAGUUCAUUUCAGGAGCAAUAUUACACCUGGACGGUUGCCAAGGUCACCAUAUUACGCUACGUAAAAGUCACAAAGACUUACAAUUACUUCCGUUUGAGAUCCUGAUCCAUCCUACAUCUGUAGUUCAAACUAAGGGUUUUCGUGUGAAGGCAACUGCAUCAAAAAAGGCAGAGAUUCCAACAAUAAUGUUCAAGGACAUAGAGAAUGCGACAGGUUACAUUAAAGUGAAAGCCUACAUUAAAACUGUUAUUACUCAAGCACAUACCCGUAGUGGUAGCAUGGAUUUUGGAUCUGGCUCGCUAACAGAUGGAUCACGAAAAAUAUCUAUACACGUUUCAAAUUUUAAGGCAGGCGACUCAUUGAAGAUGGUAAAAGGAUCAUGCGUUUUAGUGACAGCUGAAGUAAGCCGUACAGGAAAAUUUAGGCUAAUAUGCAAAAACAUUGGUGACAUUGAAGUCCUUGAAAAGGAGGACAAACUUCCUACAGACAAAGUUACAAAAGCAAAUGAAUCUUUGAAAAGAAAGAAUCAAAGUGAAAAUGAAAAUGUCAAUGCGAAAACAUAUGGCAACAAGAAAAUAAAGACAAUAUUAACGGAUACUAACAACGUUAAUAAUGGAAAAAACAUGAAUCUUGAAGAAAACAUCAUGGAAACUAGUUUAUAAUGGUCGUUUUUGUUAUUUAACAUCAAUGUCUUAACUUAUUAUUAUUUAUUAGAUUGUUCUCAAUAUCUUAACUUAUUAUUUAUUAGAUUGUACUCAAUAUCUUAACUUAUUAUUUAUUAGAUUGUUCGUAUUAGUUUUUUCAUACAAUAUAAAAAAUAACAAGACUUUCAUAUAUUAAUAACGAACUUUGGAAUACGUGGAUGUAUUUUUACAUUAUUUUUAGUUUAUUUUCUCGACAGACUUACGCUAAUAAAAAUGACUGAUGAAUAGAAUGAUUACAUGUUAAAAUGACUUGGUGCAAACUGUUGAAUACUAUGUGAUGAAUAAUUAUUUAGUAGUAAGGAAAAAGGUAUUUCAACAUUUUUUUUCUCUUACAGAAUGUCAUUUACUUAGAAAUCAUCUGUAAAAUAUAAUAUAUAAUAUAGAAGUUAUAUAUGAAUGUAAGAUGUAGUCAUUAGCAUAAG